CUGCACCCUGAGAUCCCUGCUUGCACCCCCUGGAUCCCUGCUGGCCAUCUGAGCUUCCGCGCUCGCAGCCCGAGGUGCUGUGCUUAUGCCCUGCGGUUCGCUCCGUGCGCUCUGAUGCUCCCUGCUCGCACCCCGCGGUCCCUGCCCUGCCCCUCGGGCUUCUGCUUGCACCCUGAGAUUCUUGCUUGUGCCUCAAGCUCCCCUGCUUGCAGCCCAAGCUCCCUGCUGGCAUCGUGAGCUGCCCUGCUUGCACCCCACGGUCCCCUGCUUGCACCCCGAGGUCGCCACUCUCACUCCGAGCUCCUCCAUUCGCACCCCGAGCUCCCCUGCAGCCCCGAGCCGGAGCAGCGCUGCGACAGCCGCGGGCAGCAGGUCCCUGUGCCAGGCAGAACCAGGCCACGCCAGAGCUCGGUGCCCUUCGGCACCGCCAUGGAGUUCUCCGAGCUGAUCAAGACAGCCACGGUGGAGAACGUGGUGCUGUCGUGUGCGGGGCUGCCAGCGGUGAAGGGCACUCUGUGUAUCACCAGCCACCACCUGCUCCUCUCCUCCUGCCCCGGCGGGGACAGCCAGCCUGGCACCAUGGAGCUCUGGCUGCUCAUCCGCAACGUGGACGCCGUGGAGAAGAGAGUGCAGAAUUUAGGCUGGUACCAGCCCCCCCGGACUAACGGCUCCCCAGGAGACACCAGGCUGGCUGCUUCCUCCGGCACCAUCACUCUCCGGUGCAAAGACCUGAAGGUGCUGCAGCUGGAGAUCCCGGGCAUGGAGGAAUGCCUCAACAUUGCCAGUUCCAUCGAGGCCCUCUCCUCGGUGGACUCGGUGAUGAUGCUGUACCCAUUCUUCUACAGACCCCAGAGCCUGAAGCUCGAGGAAGGCUGGCACCUUUACCCCCUCGAGCAGUACUUCCAGCAGAUCUCCUCGCAGACCAGCCAGUGGCGGCUGAGCAACGUGAACCAGGACUUCACCACCUGCCCCACGUACCCUGGCACCGUCAUCGUGCCAGCAGCGGUGGACGACGAUGCCCUGCGGAAGGCUGCCCGGUUCCGACAGGGGGGGCGAUUCCCUGUCCUCAGCUAUUACCACCCUAAAAACGGCACCGCGAUGCUCCGCAGCAGCCAGCCGCUGACCGGCCCCAACCGGAGGCGGUGCCGUGAGGACGAGCUGCUGCUGGGGACCGUGCUGGAUGAGGAGGAGCGAGGCUUCAUCAUCGACACGAGGUCAGCCCAAGCUGCCAAGCAGGCUCGGAUGAGCGGGGGAGGCACAGAGCCCAAAUCCUUCUACCCAAAGUGGAGGAGGCUGCACAGACCCCUGGAGAGGGGCCGCCCGCUGCAGGAGAGCUUUAUCAAGCUGGUGGAAGCCUGCAAUGACAGCUCCAUCAGCAUGGACCGCUGGCUGAGCCGGCUGGACAGCUGCCGCUGGCUGAGCCACGUCAAAGCAGCCCUGAGCACAGCCUGCCUGGCUGCACAGUGCCUGGACAGGGAGAAGGUCUCAGUGCUGGUGCACGGGGCAGAGGGCACAGACACCACCCUGCUGGUGACAGCCCUGGCCCAGCUGAUCCUGGAGCCGUCCUGCCGCACGCUGCAGGGCUUCCAGGGGCUGCUGCAGAGGGAGUGGAUUGAGGCUGGCCACCCCUUCCACCUGCGCUGUGCCCACUCUGCCUACUCCCACGCCCGGCUGAAGCAGGAGGCACCUCUCUUCCUCCUCUUCCUCGACUGCGUGUGGCAGCUGAGCCGCCAGUUCCCCUUCUCCCUGGAGUUCAGCGAGCAGCUGCUCCUCACCCUCUUCGACAGCGCCUACGCCUCUGCCUACGGCACCUUCCUCUGCAACAGCGAGAAGGAGAGGUGCCUGUGCAAAGUGAAGGAGAGCACACACUGCCUCUGGGCCUGGCUGAACCAGCCUGGGGAGAGGAAGAAGUACCUGAACCCUCUCUACACGCACAACCCCCUGGUCAUCUGGCCCUCAGUCGAGCCCCAGAGCAUCCAGCUCUGGCAGGGUUUGUUCUUGCGCUGGAUCCGUUCAUCCCAGUACCUGGAUGAGGCCUGGGCAGAGAUCCAGCACUUAGUGGAGAGCAGCAAGGCCCUUGGCAAAGAGAGCAGAGGGAGCAGGCUGAGCCAGUCUCUCUCUGACCCCACUGCCCGGGUGGAGAGUGAAAGAUGAAGAGCAGCAUAAGCACCGCAGUCCCCAGGCCAAGGGGACACUGUGGGAAGCACUGUGCAGGACACAGGCCCCACAGAGCCCAGGGCAUGGCUCUGGGAAGUGGGGACAGAUCCCUUCCCAGCCUCUGGGCUGCAGAGACUGAGCUUGUUCCAGUAAAGUGCUCCCUCUCACA